AUGGCUGCGACGAGUGAGAGCUCCGACUCCCUGCGUUUCCGCGUCAGCAAGCUGGGUGGUGAGGAGCAGGACGUUCAGGUUGAGAGAAACUGCAGCCUCGGGGAGUUUAAGAGCAUGCUGGUUGGGCGGGGCCUCGCAAAAGAGGGGCUGGCAGUGGAUUUCAUCGCGGAGGGGGUGCUCAUGAACUUGAGUCGCUCUGGUACAACGAUUGGUGAGCUCAACUUGGCAGAGGAUUCCCAUCUGGUGGUUAUCACUCGGAGAUCGCAUGACUACGGGCAAAUUCGCGAAGUACAGUGCAUGGUGAAAUCCCACCAGUGGCCGCAGGGUGUGCUGACAACGACAGAGGGCCAUUUGUACGUUUGCCACUGGGGCGGCCAGCUUCAGGUAUACGACCUUGAGCUCAAGCUGCUGCGGGAGACGGUCUUGAAAUCUCCUCCAGUGGUGCACCCAAGCCAGAUGGCUAUGGCGCCAAAUGGGGAAUUGCUCAUGGCCUGCUAUGAUGGCAGUGCUGCUGUGGUCGACUCAGGCACGCUCGAGCUGGUAAGGAUGAUUCCUACAACGCAGCGAAACAAAAGCACAGGUCUCGCCAUCCAGGAAGAGGAGCUGUUCGUGUCGCACCUUGGCUCUGGGCAAAUCGACGUCUUCAACCUGCAAACCGGGCAACACCUGCGCAACUUGGAUGGCUUUACCGGGCCAUCCGGCCUCUGCACUUUCGAUGGUGGUCUUCUCGUGGCAGAUCGCGGUGCCAACGCAGUAUGGCUAGUGGACCAUGAGGGAAACCGCACCAAGAUUGGCGAGGGUGAGUUGAAGCACCCCAACGAUGUUGCAGUGGAUCUGUCCGGGAAUAUCUUAGUGAUGGACACAGGCAACGAGCGCAUUGCUGCUUUUCGACCUGAUGGAUCGCUCAUGUGCAGCAUUCUGCCUGGAACCUUCACCGACUUUGGCAACACCCACAGCUACAUCUCGGUUAACCCCGUCAAUGGUGCGAUCUCCGUGUCUAUGGACGAUGCACACCAUGUCGCAAUCCUGGCGCCGCCCAUACAGAGUGAUUGA